AUGUCUCCGCCGCCGCCCGCCGAAACGGCGUCGCAGCCAGUGCCAUCCUCAACGGCCACCCUCGAGACCGCAGUCAAUCCAGCUACUAAUCCGUCGCAGAAGCCCAAGGCCAAGGCUCCCGCCAAAAAGGCGGCGCCAGCGAAGAAGUUGACGCAAACCACCCUCAAAACGAAGCCCGCCCCCAAGAAGCGAGCGAAGCCCGAAAGCGACGAUGAAGACGGAGCGUCCUUCUCAAACACCCCUCCAAGCGCUAAGAAGCAAAAGAAGGCUCCUGCUGCCAAGAAGUCUAGCGGGAACCCCCUGGCAGAGAUCGAGAACGACAGCAUGGCCAUCGACGACGAUGACGAGCCCGUGGCCUCAGCGCCCAAGUCAAAAAAGAAUGCCACGGACACAUACCAGAAGCUCACCCAACUCGAGCACAUCAUCAAACGUCCCGACACCUACAUUGGUUCGGUUGAGCCUACGGAGCAGCCAAUGUGGGUGUUCAACCAGGAGACGAAACUGAUGGAGUACCGCAAGGUCACCUUCGUCCCGGGUCUGUACAAGAUUUUCGACGAAAUUCUAGUCAACGCCGCCGACAACAAGCAGCGCGAUCCCACCAUGACUGCCAUGAAGGUUACUGUCGAUCGUGAGAACGGAGAGAUUUCUGUCGAGAACAACGGAAAGGGUAUUCCUGUCGAGAUCCACGGAAAGGAGAAGAUCUAUAUCCCCGAGAUGAUCUUCGGUCACCUCCUGACCGGUUCCAACUACGACGAUGACGAGAAGAGGACCGUCGGUGGUCGCAACGGUUAUGGUGCAAAGCUUUGCAACGUCUUCAGUGAACAAUUCACUCUGGAGUGCCAGGACUCGAGCAACGGAAAGAGAUACAAGCAGGUCUGGACCGACAACAUGAGCAAGUGUGGCAAGGCGAAGAUCACGAGCAGCAAGACUAGUGACUUCGUUCGUGUCACGUUCAAGCCCGACUUCAAGCGCUUCAGCAUGACCGGCAUCGACGAUGAUCUCGACGCGUUGAUCCAGCGCCGUGUCUACGAUAUGGCUGGCACUAUCCGCGGCAUCAAGGUCUACCUCAACGGCACCCACAUCAAGCUCGGGUUCAAGGGCUACUGCGAAUUGUACGCCAAGGCUAUCGCGAAGGAACGUGGCGCCGAAGAGGGCGUGGAGCCCAAGGUCGUCGUCGAGGUUGAAAAGAACGAGAGGAAUGAGCGCUGGGAAGUUGCCUUUACAGUCUCAGACGGCUCCUUCCAGCAGGUCUCCUUCGUCAACUCUAUCGCGACCACUUCCGGCGGCACUCAUGUAAACUACAUCGCCGACCAAAUCACCGGGUCACUGCUCAAGACCCUCGACAAGAAGAAGAAGGGCCACGCUCUCAAGCAGAACCACAUCCGCAACCACAUCUUCAUCUUUGUCAACUGUUUUAUCGACAACCCCGCAUUCACUUCCCAAACGAAGGAGCAGAUGACCACCAAGGUCAGCCAGUUUGGUAGCAAGUGUCCCCUGUCUGAGGAAUUCCUAAAGAAGAUCGCCAAAUCGGACGCCAUCCAGAACAUCAUCGACUUUGCCGAGAAGAAGGCCGACAAGAUGAUGGCCAAGAGCGACGGCAACAAGCGAUCCCGCAUCAGCAACUCGAAACUGGUUGAUGCUAACUUGGCUGGCACCCGGCACGGCCAUGAGUGUACCCUGAUUCUUACUGAAGGUGACUCCGCCAAGAGUUUGGCUGUUGCCGGUCGCGCCAUCCUGGAUCCCGACCGUAUCGGAGUCUUCCCUCUCCGAGGUAAAAUGCUGAACGUCCGUGACGCGUCCAUCGACCAGAUCACAAAGAACCAGGAAAUCCAAAACAUCAAGCAGUUCCUCGGUCUCAAGCACAAGGCCGUCUACAACGACACGAAGGGUCUUCGGUACGGUCACCUGAUGAUCAUGGCUGAUCAGGAUCACGACGGUUCUCACAUCAAGGGUCUCCUCAUCAACUUCUUGCAAGUUCAAUAUCCAUCCUUGCUUCAAAUUCCAGACUUUUUCCGAGAGUUUAUUACUCCCAUUGUCAAGGUCUGGCAAGGUCCUAACCCCAAGAAGCCUCAGCGACUCAAGUCUUUCUUCACCCAGCCUCAGUACGAGGAGUGGAAGGAGUCUCAUAGCAAUGAGCUCUCCCGAUGGCACUACAAGUACUUCAAGGGUCUGGGUACCAGUUCAAACGAAGACGCCCAAGUUUACUUCACCAACCUCGAUGACCAUUUGAAGGAGUUCACCACGAUGAAGCCCGAUGAAGCCGAUCUUUUCGAGCUUGCCUUCUCCAAGAAGAAGGCCGACGCGAGAAAGGAGUGGCUCGGCAACUUCGUUCCCGGCACAUACCUCGACCACUCGACCAAGUCCAUCACCUACACCGACUUCGUCAACAGGGAGCUCAUUCUCUUCAGUAUGGCCGACAACAUGCGUUCGAUUCCAUCUGUUGUUGACGGAUUGAAGCCCGGUCAGCGCAAGGUCAUGUACGCUUGUUUCAAGAGGAACUUGGUGAAGGACCAGAAGGUCAUUGAAUUGGCUGGUUACGUCUCCGAGCAGACUUCAUACCACCACGGUGAAGCCUCCCUCCAGCAGACAAUUAUCGGUCUUGCUCAAAACUUUGUUGGCUCCAACAACAUCAACUGCCUUGAACCCAGUGGUAACUUCGGUUCUCGUCUUGCCGGUGGUUCAGAUGCUGCCAGUCCUCGUUACAUUCACACGAGACUGUCGCCUUUCGCGAGAAAGAUCUUCUCCACUCUCGACGAACCCAACUUGGAGCCCCAGUUUGAGGACGGAAAGCGCAUCGAGCCUAAGGCCUACGCCCCGGUUAUUCCCAUGAUUCUCUGCAACGGCGCUGACGGUAUCGGUACCGGUUGGAGUACCUCAAUUCCCAACUACCACCCGAUACAGAUUGUCGAAAACCUGAAGAGGCGCAUGGGUCGCCUUGACCCUGAAAACACCGAGGAUGCCCCAUUCGAGCCUAUGAUGCCGUGGUUCCGUGGCUGGAAGGGUACACCCGAGGUCGCCGACAAGGACAGGUACAAGUUCAACGGUAUCUGCGAAAUCGAUGAGAAGACCGGCGAGGUCGUCAUUACCGAGUUACCCAUUCGCAUGUGGACAGACGACUUCAAGGCCAAGUUGGAGGAGGUCAUCAGUGGUACCAAGGGCCCAAGCUGGAUCAAGGACUACAAGGAAUUCAACGACCACAAGAACGUCCACUUCGUCAUCCAGAUGGACGACAAAUUUUCCAGAGAUGUCAUGGCCGAUGGCCUUAUGGAACGCUUCAAGCUCGCCAAGCAGGUCGCCACUUCUAACUUGGUUGCCUUUGACACUCGCGGCCAGAUCCGCAAGUACGAAAAGGUUGAAGAUAUUCUCGAGGAGUUCUACACCUACCGCCUGGAUAUGUACGCCGAGCGCAAGAAGCACUGGCUCGGUGUUUACCACGCCGAUUUCAGAAAGCUCUCCGAGCAAGCCCGUUUCAUCAGGGAGAUCAUCGACGGAAAACUGGUCAUCGCCAGAAAGAAGAAGGCGGUAUUGGUUGAGGAGCUCGCUAAGCGCAAGUACGAGCCGUUCCCCAGAGGCAAAGACAAGCAGACCAAGAAGAAGAACACCGACGAGGAGAUGGAGGGCGACGAGGAGGAAGAGGAGGAUGGCGACGGUCAAGGAAACGCCUACGACUACCUUCUUUCUAUGCCCCUUUGGUCUCUUACUCAAGAGCGCCUCGAUAGGCUGCAGAGACAGAUCGAGGCCAAGCAGGCUGAGCACGAUUCUCUCCUCGCAUUGAGCGAGAAGGAUCUCUGGUGCAACGACCUUGAUGAAUUUGUCGCCGAAUGGGAGACCCAGAUGGCGCUUGACGCUGAGAUUCAAACCUCCAUCCGCAGACUUGGUCGCCGCGUAUCCAAGAAGAUAGGAGCUGGCAAGGGUCGCAAGGCCAAGAAGGAUGAUGAUGCUUAUGAACCCGGCGAAAAGAAGAGAGCCGGCGCGAAGCUCAAGGCUGCCGCUGCCCCCAAGGUCACUGAGAAGGCUGCUGAGAGGUUCGCCGCCAUGUUCGAAAAGCAAAAGACCAAGGCCAAGAAGGAGGAGUCUGACGGGUUCUCGGACGACGACUUCGCUUCACUCGGCAAGAAGGGUGCUGCUAAACCUGCGGAGAAGCCGGCAAGGGCUGCAGCGACGAAGAAGAAGCCGGUCUACACGUUGUCCGACUCUGACGACGACGACGACUUUGCGAGCUUGGGCAAGACCAGUGCUGCCGUCCCGGUCGAGUCUACUGAGGACGUCUCGUCCCAGAGCCAGAAGUCAGCGGGAGCCAAGAAGCCUUCGCCCCCGGUCAUGGAGUUGGACGAUAGUGAAGACGACUUUGCCGACUUGGGGAAGAAGAGCUCCAGUGAGAAGCCUGCGGCGGCGCCUGCCAGCAAGACCAACGGCUCUCGCACUCAACGCUCUGCUCCCGUUAAGAAGUACGUUAUUGACGACUUGUCUGACGAUGACGACGAAUUCGCCAGCGCCGCCGAGGAGAGUGCUUCUGUCGAGAAGAGCGCGUCCAUCGAAAAGAGUGCCUCAGCUGAACCCGCCCCUGCCAAGUCUAGCACCGCUACUGGACGGGGUCCAAGGGCCGCUACGGCGAAGAAGUCGAAAUACGUUAUCGACGAAUCUGACUCAGAGGCGAGCGAGGCUGACGACAACAAAAUCGGAGACAUUGAUGACCUUGUUCGGGGCAUUGGCGGGUCUGCAAAGGAGUCUCAAACUGGCCGACUUAGCUUGUUCGCCAUGAAGAAUUCCGAGGGUCGCAACUCCAAUAUGCCCAGGAUUAAGACCAAACCUUCGAGGACUUUCGAUGAUGACGAGGUCGAUGACACCAACUACGAGCUGCUCGCAAGGUCGUCUCCUCACAAGACCAUGACCAAGGAGGACGACAUUGACAGCUUCCUGAGCGACGAUGGCGCCCCCGCCGCGAAGGCAUCCAAGGCGUCAACUGCCAAGGCCAAGGCUGCGCCUGCGGCUGCCGCUCCAGUCAAGAGACGCGGCCGCCCCGCGGGAUCGAAGAACAAGGCCAAGGACGAUGAGGCCCCGGCCAAGGCCAAGCCGAAGCCGAAAGCUGCUGCCAAGACAAACACACUCUCCCCUGCGGCCAAGGCUUAUGCGGCAAAGAAGGCCAAGCGCGUGUUGAGCGAUGACGAAGACGAUGAUGUGGAGAUGGAGGAGCCGGAGUCGGAGCCCCGCCCGGCAGCUAGAAGCCGACCUGGGCGAGCCGCCACCAAGAAGGCGAAGCCCACGUAUGACUUUGGCGAUAGCGAUAUGGAGGUGGACGAGGACGACCCGUUCGACAUGGACGAGAGUGACUAG